AUGGUUUCAAAUCCAUUUGAUUGCUAUCUGGGUGACAUUGAAGCAAGUCUAUGGGGAGAUUUCGAAGAUGUAAAUCUCCUCUCUGAAAAUACAACAGGAUACACAGUAUUGAGUGAAAAGGCCAAUCAAAUAUCACAGAUCCUGCAGCCUAUAUCAGAUAAAGUAUCUCAGUCUCUUGAGAUGCCUGUUAACCUGUUGGAAUUCUUUUCUCCAGAGAACAUCGAGCGGUUUUUGGAUUUGUUUUGGAACCGCUGGUACCAGCAUUGUCCUAUUGUCCACAAAGCAUCCUUUGACCUGGGAAACUGCUCGAUUAUCCUUUUAACAACCAUGUCACUUGCUGAGGAGCUUUUGUUUGCGGAUCCUCUCUUUUCUGAAACAGUCGUCUCUGUGCCGGAGAGAUCUACUUAUCUUGGCGCAAACCAAAAUGUUCAAAUAUUGCAGGCAGCUUGUUUUAUGUGCCUUUUACAGAAAUGGGAAGGCGACAAAGCAGCAAAAUUACGAAUGCAGCGUCAUAGAUUUACUGCAAUUGUUGCGGCAACGAGGGCAAUGGGGCUAUCGCACUCAAUACACCAUCGGCCAAGUUUCAACUCAAAAGUCACACUGGGAGAGUUUAGAGAAUAUAUGGUCAAAGAGCAAUUGAUUCGCACAUUCAAUCAUGUGUUCCUUCUAGACUCUGCAUUUGUCAUAUUUCACAAUUCUGUGCCACGAAUGGUGUUGCAAGAAAUGACCAUUGAUCUCACUUGCCCAGAAGAAGUUUUUCAAGCACCUAAUCAAGAGGAAUUCGUGAUUGCCACAAAUUUACAUCUUGUUGGUUCUGGGUCUCCCCUGCUUACGGACUGUGUUCGCAGCCUAUGUGCAGAAAACCCAGACCCUGCCAUUAUUGAAAAACUCCAUGGUGAAUCCGCUUUAAACCUUUUCACAAUAGUGACCGCGAUUCAUGGCCUUAUCUUUCAUCAACUCAGAGCAUUCUCUCCUUUCCCUCUCGCAACGACCCCUUUGAAAAAAGCACUCGAACGUUGGGAGCUUGCAUGGGCAACACGCAACAGAAAUAUUUCUGAAUCGAAUGGAGAGAGAAAAGCUGGCCAAGGAUGUCCUGCUUUUUUCGAGAGAGCUGGAGAAUUCGCUCUCCUGGCGCGCAUUCACGUUGAGAAAUCAUACAUAUCCGUUACAGAAUGGGAUGAUAUGAUCACAAAUCUAUCUGAAGAGCCCUUUCAGAAGACUGACAAAUAUCUUGCGACAUUUGAUCAAACUGGCAUGGACCAUGUGGCCGACCUGAUGUUAGCCGUUCAAAAUCUGGAUCUUAAUUGA